AUGUCAACGAUCGCAUCACCCCGUCCAUCCAUAUCGGAAUCCUCUCGUCGCACGUCGACCUCAACCGACACCGCCGGCCACGCACCCGCAGUCGAUCGAGGAAGCCUCCGCCGCAACCGCGCUGCUCUCCGCGACUACUAUGGCUUGAAAGCUGCUGGACCCGCCGACGCGCGCGACACACCGCCCUUCAACUCCCUCGACAUCGAGCACGAGAGCGAGUUUGACAAAGCCAACUUUGAUACACCUACCUACAUCUCCGGUCUCCUUGCCCGCGAAAGCAUAGACCACGUGCUGAAAGUCGAAGCCAGCCUUGUCUCGGAGAUCCGCUCCCUCGAUGGCGAGAAGAAAGCGCUCGUUUACGACAACUACAGCAAGCUGAUCGCUGCCACGGCCACCAUCAAGAGCAUGCGCGAGAAGAUGGAUCCAAUGACGCCGACGACGAGCACGCUUACACCUGCGAUUGGACAUAUCGCCGAGACAGCUGCUUCGCUUUCAUCCGACUUGAGGAAGUCAUACGCCAGGUCAGCGAACUUGAUAGACCCAGAGGCACAGAGGACGGCACAACGCCAGCAGGCGACGGUGAAGUGGGUUCUGGCCGCUCCAGGACGAUUGAGAGAAAUGGUGCAGAAUGGGCGGACAGAUGAGGCUCAAGCGGAGUGGGAGGACGUCCAAACCUUGCUCAAUAGGUGGGACGAUGUAAGAGGUGUGGAAGAUGUCCGACAAUCUUGCGCGGCGGCUCUGCGACAGGCUGAGGACGGUUGA